UAUUUUUACUGUAUAUCUGGCAAAUAUUUGGACGGAAACUGUAAGUAUGAUAGAAUAAUAGAUACAAAACGUUAUAGGUUAUUAGAAAUAUAUAAACAUGACAAAGAUUCAAAUAAUGUGUGUUUAAAAGAAAGAUUACCAAAUAUUGAAAUUGACAAGCAGAAAGACAUAUCUCAUAAUGAAAAAGUAACGAAAAGAAAAAAUAAACAUAUAAAGUCGCAGUAUUUUACAGAAAAUGCAGAUAAUAAUAAUGGAAUUUUUGAUGGAAAACACUUCCAUUUUGAAAAAAAAUGGAUUAAAAAAAUAAAUUAUGAUGAUUUUCUUGAUAAGAAGAGGAGAAUUUGUGAUAAAUUAUUAAAAAAAAUAAAAUUUAGGAGUUAUGGAUUGGCAGCUUUUAUAUUUUUUCUUUUUAUGUUGAUCGGAACAGAAUUGCCAAUAUUAUGUGGAUUAGGGUAUAUGAAAGAAAAAAUAGAAAUUACAUUUAGUUCGCAAAAUUUGCGUGAUACCGUGAAAUCUAUUGUAGACACUCUUUGUCCAGAAAAAUAUUCAUAUCUAAUAAUGUUCUCACUAAUUAUCUUUAUAUUAUCUGUCACAAUUAUAAUAGCUCUUCCUAAGAUCUUAAGAAAUAAUGAAAAAUACAAUAAAAUUAAGUUGAUGAGAGAAUAA